AAAAUAAAAAAUAAAUUAAUAAAAGUGCAAAAAUAAGAAAAAGAAAAAGAAAAAGGGUGUACCAUGUUUUCAUUUUUAAAUUUUUCCCGAAAGGUAAAGUGUGCUACACAUGUCUUCCAAAUAAAAAAGUUGAACAUUAUUUGCAACCGGUAGCUUGGACUGCUAAUCACUUUUCCCGUCAAUAUCAAACCAAAUUCAACCACUCAACCUGGUCUCAUACAAAGUAAAGUAUACAACCUUCACAUAAUGCUGUUUAUGGAUGCCUAUAAAUAGUGUCCAUCUGUUUCCUUCCAUUUAUAUGAACUAGUAGUAAGACUAGUAAUUAGUGAGUGAAAAUCAAAGGCAAAAUGAGCUCUUAUUCAACAAAGAGGAACACAAUGAUCUCCAAUUCUUAUGAGCUUGAUGGUGAUGAAGAAGAGCAGCACUGCUCGUAUGCGAUGGAACUGGUGAACUCCUCGACGCUGCCUAUGGUGUUGAAUGCCACCAUAGAGCUGGGGGUGCUGGAGAUCAUAGCCAAAGCAGGGCCUGGGGCGCACCUCUCCCCGGUGGAGAUCGCGUCUCAGAUACCUACUACUAACCCGGAGGCACCCACCAUGCUGGAUCGGAUCCUCCGGCUGCUGGCAAGUUACUCCGUGCUCACUUGCUCCGUAGUUGACGGUGAUUGUGAUGGGCCUACCCGGAGGAUGUAUGGAUUGGCACCUGUUGCCAAAUACUUUGUCAGGAAUGAAGAUGGAGUAUCAUUAGGACCCUUGAUGGCUUUGCUUCAGGACAAGGUCUUCAUACACAGCUGGUACGAACUAAAAAGUGCAGUUGUUGAAGGAGGCAUUCCCUUUAACAAAGUCCACGGAACGCAUGCAUUUGACUACCCAGGCAAAGAUCCCAGGUUCAAUGAGGUGUUUAACAAGGCGAUGAAGAACCACACAACUAUAGUAAUCAAGAAAAUCCUAGAGUCCUACAAGGGUUUUGAGCACCUUACAAAGCUAGUUGAUGUUGGUGGUGGUCUCGGAGUUACCCUCAACAUGAUUACAUCCAAAUACCCUGCUAUUAAGGGUAUUAAUUUUGACUUGCCUCAUGUUAUACGACAUGCACCACCCUAUCCUGGCAUCGAACAUCUCGGGGGAGAUAUGUUUGAAAGUGUACCAGAAGGAGCUGCUAUUUUUAUGAAGUGGAUACUUCAUGAUUGGAGUGAUGAACACUGCUUGAAGUUGCUAAAGAACUGCUAUAAAGCUCUGCCAGACAAUGGGAAAGUAAUUGUUGUGGAGGGAAUUCUUCCGGUGCUACCUGAAACUAGUUCGGCUGUGAAAAGCAUUUGCCAAAUUGAUCUGGUCAUGCUGACUCAAAACCCAGGAGGUAAGGAGCGGACGCAACAGGAGUUUCUCGCGUUGGCAACUGGGGCUGGAUUUGCUGGCAUUAGAAUGGAAUGUUUCGCCUGUAACUUUUGGGCCAUGGAAUUCUACAAGUAGACAGUUCUUUGAGGCAGCUCGGUAUGUGGGAGCUUGAUAUACAUUGCUGGACCCAUUCAUCUGUUGCUUAAUCUAGUUAAUGGGGGGCAAUUAAGUGGUGUUAUAACAUGGUAUUAGGCCUUGGUUUGGGAGGUCUUAAAUUCAAGUCUCUACUUGUGUACUGGUUUUCUUUUUCAGUCUGUUUGUGCAAGAGUUGACACUUUGCCUUUUCAGUCCGUCUUCUUACCUUCUUGUAACCAGCGAUAUCAAAUAAAAAUGUCGCGUUUGCAAUUA